GGGAGUCCCUUGUGAGCGUCUAAGUUCGCUCUUCAAACUUAGAUCUAUAAGUUUUGUUUAUCACGUGUGCUGUGCCUUAUUUACGCCUCUUGGGACCACGCCCCUCUGUGGAUUAUUACAGUAUGGUAGCUGAUAAAGUGAGUGACAUCUCUUCAGGGCAGUAUGGCGAGGCGCUCAAAUAUGACCCCGAAUUCCGAGGACCUAUCAAGGGCCGCUCCUGCACCGACAUCAUAUGCCUCCUGCUGUUCCUGGUGUUCCUGGUGGGGUGGGGCGUCGUCGCGGGAUUCGCUGCCACCAGCGGAGACCCCUCGCGCCUGCUGUAUCCCACGGACAGCUUCGGGCGCGUGUGCGGCAAGGACCCGGGGCUCGAGGACAAGAAAUUCCUCUUCUUCUUUGACCUGACCAAGUGCGCCAGCCCUAAGGUCAUUGCCACCGGAUGCCCCACGCCGCAGGUGUGUGUGGAAAAAUGCCCAAGCAAGAAUUGGUUUUACGUGUCAGGAACAGCAGACAAGAAAGACCUCAUAUGCAAGGACACGGUUAACAUAACCCAAAUGGACGCUGACAAACUGGUCAGUGAGGGUCACUGUGCCAGGUACUAUGUGGAGAGUGAUGACCUUGCUCGCCGGUGCAUACCAAAGAACAUAUCGGCAGUUGCAGAACAAAUUUUCGACAGCUUUGCAGAAACAACACACUUAAACAAAUUAGAGAAAGUCGAAUAUCUCGCAAAUGCCAUGAAAUAUGUAAUGAGAUUUGGUCAUCUGCAGGAGGUAUACAUGGCUGGUCGAUGCAUCCCGAAAGUGCCUGAUGGGGUUAUCGAUAUGGAUGGCGUGCCGAUAUUGGACGAUGACAAAGAACCGGUGACGGGCGAGCUUUUAGCGAAGGCGUCAAAGUUUCUAGCCAGGUUUUACCAAGCAUCAGAGGUGGCGGACGGCGUGUUCCAAGACAUCAAGAUGACGUGGUGGAUCUUGCUGGCGGGCUUUGGCGUGGCGAUGGUGGUGUCGUUCAUCUGGAUCCUCCUCCUGCGCUUCAUCUCGGCCGUCAUGAUCUGGUUCUCGCUGGUUGCCUUCAUCGGCCUCUCUGGAUUCGGCGCAUACUACACACUGAACAAGUACCUGACUCUGCGCAACAUUGACAACUCCACUAUGACGAAGGCGGAAUUCGAGUUUACCACCGAGCUGAGCAAAUACGCAGAGCUGGAGACGACGUGGCUCAUUCUGUUCAUCAUCACAGUCACGAUAUUCCUAGUGUGUUUGUUGGUGCUGAUCUUCCUGCGCAAACGGAUUAACAUUGCCAUUGCUCUGAUCGGACAGGCCAGCAACUGCUUCAUAUAUGCAUAUGUGCAAAUCUACAAUGUGUUUGGGCUGUUUUGGUCGAUGUUCUUUAUUUCUGCCUUUGGAGAAAUGGUGCUGGCUGGAGCCUUUGCCUCAUGGUACUGGGCUUUUGACAAAUCAAAGGAUGUGCCUUCAUUGCCAGUAACUUACAGCUUCGGAAGGACUCUAAGGUACCACAUUGGAACUCUUGCCUUCGGUUCGCUAAUCAUUGCCAUUGUGAGAAUGAUAAGAGUUAUUUUGGAGUACAUUGACUACAAAGUAAAGCAGCAAACAGACAGUAAGAUUGUGCGUUGCCUUCUCUGCUGCUGCCGAUGCUGUCUCUGGUGCUUGGAGAAGUUCCUCAAGUUCAUCAAUAGGAAUGCCUAUGUCUAUUGUGCCAUUUAUGGAAAGAAUUUCUGUGUCUCAGCAAAGAAUGCUUUCUCUCUUAUUAUGAGAAAUAUUGCAAGAGUCGUUGUACUGGACAAGGUAACAGACUUCUUACUCUUCAUUGGCAAGAUGGUGGUUGUUGGCGGAGUUGCUGUAGCCUCUUUCUUCAUAUUCAGCGGUGAAGUACCUUUCUUCAAGGAUCACAUUCCAACGAUGAAUUACUACCUCACUCCCGUCAUCAUCAUCACCAUCGGCACUUUCUUCAUCGCCUCGGCCUUCUUCUCGGUCUAUUCUAUGGCCGUGGAUACCUUAUUCCUCUCCUUCCUGGAGGACUGUGAGAGAAACGACGGAUCGGCCGAAAAGCCUUAUUUCAUGAGCAAAGAUCUGAUGAGGAUCUUGGAAAAGAAGAACAAAUUUAAGGAGGAAUGAUUUUUUUUUCUCUCUCAUUUUUUUAAUCUAAUGAUGACAUAGUUUUGAUUUCUUGACUCUGAUUAAAAAAUUUAUAUAUAUAUAUAUGUAUGGGGAUUUUUCUCAUAAAUGUUUGGAAGACUAAAUGUGACUAGUCAUAGUAGAAGUGUGUGAUUGGAGGAAGUAAGGAAGGUAUGAAGAUGUGCAUCUCAUUCCUAAGACUUGAUUGACGUUAAAAAAAAAGAAAUCUUUUAGUUAUAUUUACCUCUCUCUGAAUUGCAGGUAUUUGCUAUGUUUUAUAAUUUUGGAAGAGAGAUGCUCAGUUAAUUUUAUGAUCACAGUUCAUGAUUUAGGGAAAGGAAACACGUCUGAUGACAGGUUCAGUGAAAGAACCGGAAUUUUAUCAUUAAAUGUGAAUUACUUGAGUACAUAGACUUCUUUUAUAGUGAUUUAAGACCCAAGAGGCCAAUAUCAGGAUAAUUUGACAAUGUUAUGACAUGUACUGUCAUACUGAGCCAUUAUUGUUUGGCAGUUUUUGUUAUUGUAAUUUUAGAAGUAUACACAGUUGUAUAUGUUUUCUUAUUUUUUGUAAUAAAAUCUUGAAUAUAUUCCUAUCCAACAUCUGUUUUUAUAUUCUUUUUUUUUGUAUCUGGUUUUUAAUUAUACCUAUCUGCCAUAGCAACAGUUAUACAAAUAGCAUUUUUUUACAACUUACAUGUAUCAGAUUUACAUCUCUAAAUAAACAUCAGCAUCAUUUGAUUUUUAAGAUUUAUUUCAGAAAGUGUUUAUUUGGGAUCAUGCACAACAAAACUUGGUUUUCUGGGAACAUUACAUUCAUGUUGCUAUGUUUCAGAUACAUUUCUUGUAUCUUAUUAAUAUUACAGUUACAUGACUAUGAAUUUUACAUAAUGUCGCAGUUGUUAAACAGCUACCAGUCUACUUCCACUUUAAUGCAUGUGUGUAACAAUUUCUCACAUGAUUUACUUCCAAGUAGCUUCAGUAGCAAGAAACAGCUAGUCAUUUGGUCCAUGUUUGUAUUGUGGUUAUUGAUAAACAUCUUUCGUAACACA